GGUAUCCCAUCUAUAAAUUGUUAGUAAUUUGUAUGCAACGGCCAAGAGACAGAAGAUGGAUUGUUCAAUCUGCAGCGCGAUGCCAUUCAUUUUAAGGCCUCCAAGAAAUACAAUAUGUGGAGCCUGCUAUGAGGGAGCUAAAAGCAUAAUCACCUUAACCAACAAACUUGAUAAUGACAAGGGAUUAUUAGAUAAACAACCCAACAACCCUGUUUCUUCGUAUAAUUCUGCAAAGGGACUCGCAAAUGCGUUGAAAUGGGUGAAGGAAAUGAAGGAGGCCGAAGAGGAACUAAAUGAAAAACUAAACUUUCUGAGUGGAUUUGUUACUGCAUUUAGGCAUCAGAUGCACCCUGAUAUUCUCAUCAAGCCUGGAAAUGAUGGACCCUCUUUGCCAGCACAUAGAGCUCUUCUGGCAGCAAGGUCUGAUAUAUUCAAAAACAUGCUAGAUUCAGAUGGAUGCAAAGCUCCUCCAAGCGACACCAUAACAUUUCCAGAAUUGAAUCAUGAGGAGCUUGAAUCGCUAUUGGAGUUCCUCUACGGAGGAGACUUGCCUAAAGAAAAGGCGGACAAACAUGUUUACUCACUGUCAAUGGCUGCAGAUAAAUAUGAGAUCCCAUUUCUGCAGAAGUUUUGUGAGCAUCGAAUGCUCGGAUCUUUAAGCUCAUCAAAUGUUCUUGAUGUUUUAGAAAUAGCUGACACUUGCUCCAAUCCUAGUUUGAAGGAGACUGCCCUCAACUUCAUUGUAAAGAAUAUGGAGGAUGUAGUCUUUUCAGAUAGGUUUGACGCAUUUGCACUUAAAAAUCCUCAUUUAACUGUACAGAUAACGAGGGCAUCCUUCAUGGAGAUUAGAAACAGAAGGACUGCAAUUUGAAGGAGUAAAAGAAUACAUGUUUCAUGUACAAAGAGCUGGAUCUUCCCCGACUGAUAUAUGAAUCCUCAUUGUCAUUUUUGCAGCCAAGAUGAUCACUCUAGUUUUUGUCGAAUGAAAACUCAUUCAGAAUGGAU